AUUAAUUAAAAAUAAAAUAUCUUUCUUAAAAAUUUUGAACUGAUAUUUUUGUUGCUUAAAUUUAAUUAACAAUUUUAUUUGCGAAAUAAAUAUUGUGCUCCGCAAGUAUGUCCAAUCUUUACGAUCAAAUUAAAUUACUUUACGAUCAGCAGUUGUACUCGAAUGUCAUUUCUCUGGCUAAUUUAGUCUUAUCAUUGAGUGAUCAUAAUGGUGAUCUCUUGCCACCAACUGCCAAAUUUCUUAUUUAUGUACAUUGUGCUGAUUCGCAUUUUCACCUUGGAGAGUAUCGUAAAGCCGAGUCAUUAUAUAAAAAAUCCAUACAAUUCCGAAAGUUUUUAUUGAAAUCAAAGAGCACAGCAAAAACAAAUAAUCAAGAAAGUUACAAAGAUCUUCUGUCAGACAUUGACAUAAAAUAUCAAAUUUAUGUUUGUUUAAUGAAGUUGAAAAACCAAUUGGAAGCUCUACAAAUUUUGCAAAGUAUACCUGGAAAACAACGAACAGCUAAGGUAAAUAUGGCAUUAGCAAAAAUAUUUCACGAUCAAGGAAUGGAGCGGUCAGCAAUUACUACUUACAAAGAAGUUUUACGAGAGUGUCCAUUAGCUUUAGAAGCCGCAGAAGGUCUUCUUUCACUAGGAGUUAAAGGAAUUGAAGUAAACUCCCUAAUUGUUGGAUCUACUGCCAUCACGCCGAAUCUAGACUGGUUAAAUACUUGGAUAAAAGCCCAUGCUCAUAUGCAUAAUCGGGAGUAUAGUCACGCAGUUUCAACUUUUAAAAUAUUAGAUAAUGUUAACUAUCUUCGUGAUAAUUUUAAUUUAUUACUAACUAUGGGCGAGUGUUAUUAUUGUGCCGGAGAUGAUAAAAAUGCGUUAGUGUGCUUGAGGCGAGCGAGAGCUAUAGAACCAGAUACUAUCAAAGGACUAGAUCUAUAUGCAGCUGUAUUAUAUAAAGGACAACACAUCAAAGAUUUAGAAAAAUUAAUACCUACUUUGACGGUAAACAGUGAAUGUUCAGCUGAAGUUUACGUCGCAAUGGCUUAUACUCUGUACGCAGGUAGAAAACUCAACAGAGCAAAUACUUUGGCUGCUCAAGCUAUCAACCUCAAUCCAAUUAAUGUAGAAGCCAUUAUUUUACGUGGUAAUAUUCUAAUUGAACAAAAAAAAUAUCAGGACGCUUUACAUCAAUUCAGAGCAGCUAUUCAAAUUAAACCAUAUCGAUAUGAGCCCCAUAAAGGAUGUGUGGAUUGUUAUAUUGGUAUGCAUCGUUUACGGGAAGCCUUGAAUAUUGCAAGCAGUGCUUGUAAACAACUAGGUCAUACUCCAAGAGUUUUGUCUUUGUAUGCAUCGGUUCUGAUGAAAGAUCCAGUCUCAGUAGGAAAAGCUAAAAAUCUUUUAGACAAAGCUUUAGCUCAAGAUGAAUCAUAUUUACCAGCUGUUUAUUAUUUGGCUGAAAUAUAUGAACAGGAAAUGAAUUUAGAAUCUGCUAUUGAUUUACUGGAGAAACAAGUUGAAAUUCAACCGAAUUGCAAAUUACACCAAAUGUUAGGCGAUCUCUGUGCGAGAGUGCACAAUGAAGAAAAAGCUUUAGAUCACUAUGCAAUUGCUUUAAGUCUUGAUCCUAGCAACAGAAGAGCACUUGAAGGCAUGCAUCGCUUAGACAGUACAGCUACUAAAUUUGAAACGCCAUAUUAUAUGAAUGUGGGUGAAGAACAUGCUGAUACAACUUACGACGUCGGAGACGGCCUACCUGACUCUGAUAAUGAUGAAGCUGUUGAAGAAAGUGAAACAGAAGCAGUUUGGUCUGAUAUGGAUUUAGAAGCCAAUAGUCAGUAAAAUAUUGAUCAUUUUACUUACUAAAAAUUAAUUGAAUAAUCGGUGAUUGAGUCACUGAGUAAAAUAAUUUAUUUGUAAAAUUUUUUUUUUUAAUCUAUUAAAAAAAUGACGCGCAAAAUUUGAUACAGUUUUGUAGUAGCAAUGAAAGUGCCAAUUUGAUUUUUUGAGUUGUAAUUAUAGUAAUUUCAUAGUAAAUCAUUUUUCAAAAAUAUAAUGGUCUAGAAAUGGGGUUCUAUGGUGUGGCUUAUAAAAAAUUUUUUAUGAUUUGAUUGAUUUGAAUAUUUUAUAAAUAGCCUAUUAGAUUUGACUAAAUUAAAUGACAAUAUGAAGUUAACAAUUUUUAAGUUGAAAUUCAAUUUUUAAUAUUAAA